AUGAAGUCUAACGGUAAAACAGAGACAAAAGGAUAUAAGAAAAGAAAAGAAGUGGCAAGUUUCGAACUUCGACUCGUUACCAUGGCCAUGGCAGGCCAUGGUAACGAGUCGAAGUUUGAAACUUGCCUUUUGACGAAAAGAAAAGAAAAUAUAAAAACGUGGUUCUGUCAAUCCCAAGAUGGCAUGUUCGGUCCUGGAGUCUAUGUCACACAUAGCCUUGAUAAAGCCAGCAGGUAUCCCCUAGAUUUGGAUAAUAGGCAAAAGGUUGUGCUUAAGUUGCUGGUCAAUGCGGCAAAAGUCAAAAAGAUAGAUUAUCAUGGCUAUGACACUGCUUGGUGCCCUCCAAGUUGUGGGAAGGUUAAAAGUGGUUUGGAAGAGGAUUGUGUCUGGGAUCCCAGGAGAAUAAAAGUUAUUGAUUUGGUCUCACCAAUGCCUUGUACAAUUUUAACAUUACAUCCCAGGUCACCAGUUGAAGGCAAGAUCUAUGUGAUGUACCAUGGAACCACUGCUGCAAGUGCACAGUCCAUUAGUCAAAAUGGUUUCCGUCAAUCCAAGGGUGGCAUGCUCGGUCCUGGAGUCUAUGUCAGUAGGGACCUCCAAAAAGCUAGCAGGUAUCCCCUGGACAUCGAUCCCAGCCAAAAGAUUGUGCUUAAGUUGCUAGUCAAUGUGGGAAAAGUCAAAAUGAUAGAUUAUCAAGGGCACCCACUCCAGAAGACAUGGCACUAUCAUGGCUAUAACACUGCUUGGUGCCCUCCAAACUGUGGGAUGGUUCCAAGUGGUUUGGAAGAGGAUUGUGUCUGGGAUCCCAAAAGAAUAAAAGUUAUUGAUGCAUUUCGCCCAAAAAGUAAUCAGUAUAACCAGUGGUGCUUCACUGAAAAAUUGAAACUGAAACCCAAAAAAUUCAAAAUAAAGGACAGAUGUUGCCCAUCCCGACGGCAGCGUUACUUCCUGGAUCACGGCAAGUUUGAAAUUCGACUCGUUAUCAUGGCCUCUUAUAUGGAAAAUAUAUGGGCUGAAGAAGAUGGACCUGGUUUUAAUCCACCGUGCCUCGAAAGUUUUGUGUCACCAGUUGAAGGCAAGAUCUAUGUGAUGUACCAUGGAACCAGUGCUGCAAGUGCACAGGCCAUUUGUAAAAGUGGUUUCCGUCAAUCCAAGGGUGGCAUGCUCGGUCCUGGAGUCUAUGUCAGUAGGGACGUCCAAAAAGCUAGCAGGUAUCCCCUGGACAUCGAUCCCAGCCAAAAGAUUGUGCUUAAGUUGCGAGUCAAUGUGGGAAAAGUCAAAAUGAUAGAUAAUCAAGGGCACCCACUCCGGAUGACAUGGCACGACCAUGGCUAUGACACUGCUUGGUGCCCUCCAAACUGUGGGAUGGUUCCAAGUGGUUUGGAAGAGGAUUGUGUCUGGGAUCCCAAAAGAAUAAAAGUUAUUGAUGCAUUUCGCCCAAAAAUUAAUCAGAAUAACCAGUGGUGCUUCACUGAAUACCCCUGAUCUUACUGGGGUAUUGGAGGUUGCUAAAACCAGGAAAGAAGAUCAGCAUCAGCUGCAGUGGGAAUAAAACAAGUUCGGGAAAUAAAGCAAAUCAUUCUACUCAAACAGUAACAGUAAAAAAUCAGGUGUAUAAAAUGUCAUAUUGUGUUCUUUGAAAUGCAACCUCUCAAAGCAAUCACUGUAUUAUUCUGUAGCAACAACAUUUGUGAGCUGGAAUACCAUUGAUCACUGUACUCUGUGUCUUGUACUAAAUUUAAUAAAAUCA